UUCGGCCACAUAAACAAAGGCACGCCGCUGCCGCAGCGAGAGAGAGAGAGACACGGAGUUUGGAGACUCGGUGAGACCGCGGACAGAGAGCGCAGGUUCUGCUCCGCACCGCACGAGCCCCAAGCGAAGCCGCGGCGAGCCCCGACAGCGUUGCAAAGACCGGACAUCACUUCACGGAUUUAUCCAUCCACCUACACUUUAUGUUCAUUCAACACGGAACCGACUACUAUCACAAGUGUCAUCCCCCUGCAAAGGCAGCAGCAGCAGCAGCAGGAGCAGCUCUCCACUUUGCCCGUGUCGCUUAGCAACAGAGAAGCCGGCAGCACGAGGAGCGAACCGGCCUCCCGGCUGUGGGCUGAGCCCCGAGGCUUGCCGCACCCUCGCCCCUGCCUGCCCGGCGUCCCAUCCGCGCCCUCUCGCCCUUCCGCUUCGCGUGUGGAGAUCACUGACGCGCAUCCCAGCCCAGCGAUGCCCUGCGUUCAGGCUCAGUACGGAUCGUCGCCUCAAGGUGCAAGCCCGGCCGGCCAAAGUUAUUCAUACUCGAGCGCCGAUUACAACGGGCCGUCUGGCAGCGGCUACGGCGGACCCGAGUUUGCCAAGUUCGGCAUGGACCUCAGCAACACAACUGAAAUAACCGCUACCACGUCUCUGCCCAGCUUCAGCACUUUCAUGGACAGCUACAACAGCGGCGGCGGCGGCGCUCCCGGCUACGACAUCAAGCCGCCCUGCCUCUACCAGAUGGAGGUGCCAAACCCGCAGAUAUCCGUCAAGAUGGAAGACAUACCGACGAUGCACGGCUACCAUCACCACCACCACCAUCACCACCACCACCCCGGCUCGCUGCACCCGCAGUCCGAGGAGAUGCUGCCCUCCUCCAGCUCCAUGUACUUCAAGAGCUCGCCGCCCUCCACCCCCACCACGUCGGGCUACCGCUGCCAGCAGCCCCCUCUGUGGGACGAGCCGCCGCCAAGGCUGCCCUCGAUGCCGCCGAGCUACAUGGGCACGGGCCACAUCAUGGACGCGCCCCAGAGGAAGGACGUUCCACCCUGCUUCUCCGUCUUCGCCUUCAAGCAAUCACCGCCCAACACCCCGACCACGUCCAGCUGCCAGAUGGCCUUCGACGGCCCUCCGAGGCCUCUGCCCAUGCCCACCGAGAGCGGCUUCCCUCACCCGCAUCACCACCACCCGCACCACCACCCGCACCACCACCCGCACCACCACCAUCACCACCACCACCCGCACCACCCUCACGUGAUGGAGCCACCUCACCCGUUCGCGCUGCCGGGCCCCAUGCGCAAGCGGCCGCCCGUGAGUUUCCCUCUGCUGCCCAUGGGCCCCGGGCAGCAAAUGAUGGAGGGGCCCAUGUCCGCCUCGGUGCAGCAGACCCGCGGCUCGCCGUCCGGGGAGGGGCUGUGCGCCGUGUGCGGCGACAACGCCGCUUGCCAGCACUACGGCGUGCGCACGUGCGAGGGCUGCAAGGGCUUUUUCAAGAGGACCGUGCAGAAGAACGCCAAGUACGUGUGUCUCGCCAACAAGAACUGUCCCAUCGACAAGCGCCGCCGGAACCGCUGCCAGUACUGUCGCUUUCAGAAGUGUCUCGUGGUCGGCAUGGUCAAGGAAGUGGUGCGCACGGACAACCUGAAGGGGCGGCGUGGACGCCUGCCCUCCAAGCCCAAGAACUCCCACGAGAGCUCACCUCCCUCGCCGCCUGUCAGCCUCAUCAGCGCACUUGUCAGGGCGCAUGUCGACUCCAACCCUGACGUGACCAGCCUGGAUUACUCCAGGUUCCAGUCGGCAGGCGAGUUCCAGACGGGAGGCACGGACGCGGAGAGCGUGCAGCAGUUCUACGAGCUACUCACGGGCUGCAUGGACGUGAUCCGCAGCUGGGUCGACAAGCUCCCGGGCGUGGCCGAGCUGCUCCGCGAUGACCGCGAAUUGCUCUUCGAGGCCGCCUUCCUAGAGCUCUUCGUGCUCAGACUCGCCUACAGAUCGAACCCUGCCGAGGGAAAGCUGAUCUUUUGCAACGGCGUGGUGAUGCACCGACUGCAAUGCUUACGAGGAUUCGGGGACUGGUUGGACGCAAUCCUGGAGUUCUCUGCCAGCCUGCAGGAGUUGAACGUGGAUAUUUCAGCCUUCUCUUGCUUGACGUCUCUCGUCAUGGUCACAGAGCGCCACGGCCUCAAGGAGCCCAAGCGGGUGGAGGAGCUACAGACGAGACUCGUAAAUUGCCUCAAGGACCACGUGGCGUUCAGCACCCCGGCGGCCGGACGGCCCGCCUACCUGUCUCGCCUGCUGGGCAAGCUGCCCGAGCUGCGCACUUUGUGCACACAGGGCCUGCAGCGCAUCUUUUACCUCAAGCUCGAAGACCUGGUCCCUCCGCCCCCGAUUCUGGACAAGCUCUUUCUGGAUACGCUUCCCUUCUGAGACCGCGGCGUCGUCCUUGUCGUCGUCGUCCUGGUGGAUCUCUGCGCGCGCCCGUGUUUGAUGGUCUCAAGACUCAACAACGUUUUAGUCAAAACACUUAACCCCGGACAUUUAAAAUCAACUCAAGAGGAAUCUGUUUUCGUCUCGCCGUGUCGUCUCGGCCGACACCCCCCCUCCUUUAAUUAUGCGUUGCAGUUCAUAUUUACGGCCAGGGCAGUCGCAUUUACACAUCACAUCGGCUUCGUUCCACUGGCCAUGGUGCAUAUGACCCCGGCUGUUGGAGGUGCACGCAAAUGCAGUAUACUGUAUUACAGGCGACAUUGUCCACAAACGUGCAGGGCUUAAUUUCUCAAGGAAUAUUUUCCAGGGAGCCCUCAACCCCGGACCCCCCCCCCCCCCACCACCUCUUGCCCCCCCCCCCCCAUCCUCUGCUAUGGGAAAUACUAUUUUCCGGAGCUCAGCCCCGUAGAACUCCGGUUGAAAUUAAGCCCUGAAAACAACGGGACCCAGUGUCGCUUCAAUUCGCUUUGAACACAAACGCGCGGACACACGCGGGGUUGGGACAGGCCACGCUCACACGCGUGUCCAUGCUUCAGUGACAACUGCACAUGAAUUAAACCCGCUGUACUGUAUUUAAUUUCAACGCACAGAGAGUUUGCUGAAAUAUCUGACCGGGGGCUAAUCAAUGAAUUAAACCAACGCACCGCUUAACUUAUAAUUAGCUCUUAACUCAUUUACGAAUUCAUAGUUAUUUUAUAUAUAUAGUGCAUAUAUACAUGCGCCAAAACACGUGUAUAUAUACAGUAUAUGCGUAUAUUUAUAUUGAGAUACAACGUUGCUCUGACCCCAAACUGCCCUUCGACGGACUGUGUAUACUGUAUAGGGUGAGUGCUAAACGAGGUGGCGAGUUUCGUUGGAAGGGAAAAUUAAAAGAGGUACGGGGAGCGUCAUGGCCAACGCAAUCCAACCUUACCAGUGCUCUGUAUUAUUAUUAUGAUGAAUGACUUUGGCGAAGUGCAAUUUUAAGUCGCUGCUUUGUUUCCGAAUGGUUUAAAAAAAAAACUAAAUAAAGAAAAAAAUGACGAGCCACCCUUUACGCUGACAAAGAGUUUUAAUGAGAAAGGGGGAAAAAACCCGCAAAUCAAUCGGCCACCCCGGUUAACGGCGCGCGCGAUGCUUGUUGCUGUUCUUCGCUGUACAUACUAACACCCCAGCACUUGUAAAAGCGCAGUAUAUAUACACACAGGAUUACAAUCAGUGUACAAUGAACUUUUACCGAGAAAGUGUAACUUUCGCGAGGAAUCGGCGUUCUAUAUAUAUACACACACGUAUUUGAACAGACCGUACAAUAACACGCCAGCUUUUUGGCUAUGGGGCGACUUGACAUGAUGAUGAUGACGAUGCUGACGCUACGUGCACGUGGUGAGAGGUUUCACCCAUUCGACGGUUCGUGGCCCAGUCUCCGGUGCGUGUCCAAACAGUUUGUGUCAAAUAUAUGGAAGCUGUACGUAGGGAUACAGUGUUGUUCCUUCCUUCUCGUGUUCACUCGUUUUUAUUUUCAACUCCCCCCUCCCCCCUUCCCCACCCCCGCGUGAACAGUGCAUAUAACAAAAAUAACCCACAGUGUUGUACAUAUGCGAGGUGAUACGUACAUUGUCACCGAACUCCCACACCCAUCGUCUACCACUCAACCCAUCACCUCUUCCUCCUCCUCCUCUACCCCCCCCCCCCCCCAUCCAUCGUUCCGUCAAUAAGUUUCAUCUCUCCCAUUUCAGCAGUAAGUCUGAACAUUUGUUGUCGCGCACUCAUGCAAGGGUCAAGUCCAUCGAGAACGCGAGCUCAUAGCACAUUUCGUCUCUCCAAUCGACCACCAACCACCUAAGCCCCGUGAUAUUCCACAGUGACGAUGAUGUGAACUCGUGAGAGAGAGAGAGGGGAGACGGAGUAGCACGAGAAGUGAGUAGGGCAAUGGUCCCGUUCUGUCCGCGUGUCUGGGGGGUGGGGAGUGUGUGGGGGUGACGCCACGUGGGGCAGGGCACGUGCGCGGUGUGGCCACGGUUCUAAGUUCGCCGCCACGCGAUGAUUGCUGGGCUCACACGCACACACGCAGUCACUUGCGAAACGCGACACUCUUAAACAACAACAGACAAGUGUUAAGAGCGGGGAGUUGUUUUAUUCCUCGACUCGUUACAAAAAGGACAAAUGUGGAAUCACCCGACGUUCGUUUUUUUUAUAUAUACAUUGCAACAUAAAUUUCAGGCAAAAAUGUACA